AUGUCGAAUAUCGAUCUCGAAAACCCCCGCACCCUCAACAUCAAGAUGUCGUUCCCAAUCCUCAUCUCUUAUAUCGGUCUCUACGUCGGAACCUACUACCUCAGUCCCACUGGCCCCGGGUCCGAGCACCGCGACGGCGACUCCGGACGUAUACCACCUCUGGCGAUCGUGCUCACGCUUCUCGGCCCUGAACUCAUUCAAAAAGCUUUUGCUGUCAUGACUGCAAUUUCGAAGACAGAGUCUCCAUGUUUCGGUUUCGGGUGGCUGGCUUAUAGCUUGUCACUCUUAUCGUCGGUCACGUCUGGCAGUGGUGAUUUGAUGCGGGAACCGGAGUGCGAUGUGACGGUUCUGGACAUGAGCACGGGGAAGAGACGGUUGAACAAGGAUUUUGCUGUUGCGAGGCUGCUCCGUGAUCUGGAGCUUCGCUGUGUUCCGCCCAGCAUCGAUGGCAAGUUUGACCAGGAUAGCGAGGUUGUCGUCGAGGUCCUCCAACCCACUGGCACAUCCUCAGCUUCCGCUUCCCUCAGGAACCUACUCCAAAGCGGCAGCUUGAGGACCGCAAUCCUCCAAUUCUGUCUUGCCGGCGCAUUCUGGCUCUACUACGCCGACCUCUCGCCCCUUCUGCUACUCAGCAUAUCGAUCUUGCUUAUCGAAGCUACAGCCAGCCUACCCGUCUGGACUGCUCAGAAAAACGCUUCCCUUACCCGGAAUAGUCAGAAAGGCGCGUACGCACUCAUGCGCGACACCGACUCCCCACCCAGCCACAUCUACAUCAUCCAGCCCUCGCCAACGGCAUCCACCAAGGCCGACAACAUGACCACACAUCACGACACAUCCACCAACGCCUUAAACCCCUGUAUCGCACCCGCCAUCCUCAUCGCCGGAGCUUUCUUGAACCAAGCACUCCUUUACACCCAGCUCUCAGAUAACGCAGCGAGUGCUAUGCUGCUCAUCAUGUUCGUUGGUACGAUUAGUAACCUUGCUAUCGUUGCUGUGCCGCGCGUGCCACAGGUCGAUGGUGUGAAACUGGGAUCUGUUGGUGUGAUGAAGGGGAAGGGCAGUGCUGUGGAGGUUUUGAAGGAGGUUGAGGCGGCGUUUGAGGGGUAUGGAGAGGUACUGCUGAAGCAGUGUUUCCCUGAGAUAAUCGGGAACUGGGGGCGUGGGAUCGAGAAGGAGAGGAUGGGGGAGAUGGAUUGA